AUGAAAUUGCGCACGAAUGUCGGAAGAUGGCUUUGGUUUGGCUUCUAUUUACUACCAUCAUUACUUCAAAUGCUUAAAUGGUUGUCGAACGAGCCGCAUGGCUUGUUGGUAAAUUCCCUGAAGACGAGUCUUAGCCGUUCAAUCGGCAAUGUCAGAAUCCCAAUUUCAGAACAGAAU